AUGCCUCCUAUGAAACGCGCCUCUGAUAACCUUACUCGCCCGAAAAAACGCGUUAAAUCGUCCACCGCCCGCGGCAUUGUUAGCCAGCCUAUAGCCGUUGAUAGUCAGCUAUCGCUAUCGCCGUCGCGUCUGUCGCCUCGCAGAGCUCUCGUAGAGGCGUCCCAGGCUUCAACUUUUGAGUCGCAACUACGCGAGUCGCGGCCUGAAGACGCUAUCGUCGCGCCUACCGAGGGCAGCGAGAGGGUAACAGCAGCCUCGUCGGCAGCAGCCCUAGACAAUAAGACCUUGCAAGAGGCUCUAGACGCGAGCCUUAUAGACGACUUUAAGGGAAUUAAUUAG